AUGGCGCUCCGCUGCCUGCUGCUGCCGGGUCGGGGUGGCUGCUGGGCCCGUGGCCUCCAGCUGCUUCUGCUGCCCGGCGGCGGCGCAGGCCCGAACGAGCGGCCUUGCUUCCGGACGCUUUAUCGAUAUGCUUCAACUCCAGUAGCAGCCAGCAGAAAUUCUCUUCUGACAGAUGUAAUUGGUGCUUAUCAAAGAUUCUGUUCUCAACCUCCAAAAGGAUUUGAAAAAUACUUUCCUAAUGGAAAAAAUGGGAAAAAAGCUAGUGAACCUAAAGAAUUUACGGGAGAGAAAAAAGAAUCAAAGCCAGCUAACACACCACAUUCUUCUGGUGGAGGAGUUGGUGGUGGUGGAAAACGAGGUGGCAAGAAAGAUGAUUCUCACUGGUGGUCCAGGUUCCAGAAGGGUGACUUUCCAUGGGAUGACAAAGAAUUCAGAAUGUAUUUUCUUUGGACUGCUCUAUUUUGGGGUGGUGUUAUGUUUUACUUCCUGUUCAAGAGCUCUGGGAGAGAAAUUACUUGGAAGGACUUUGUCAAUAACUACCUUUCCAAAGGAGUACAAUACGUCUGGUUUAAUAUUGGUAGUGUGGAUACCUUUGAGCGGAAUCUGGAAACUUUACAGCAAGAACUAGGUAUAGAAGGGGAGAAUCGAGUCCCUGUUGUCUACAUUGCAGAAAGUGAUGGUUCAUUUCUUCUGAGCAUGUUACCUACAGUCCUCAUAAUUGCUUUUUUACUGUAUACCAUAAGAAGAGGGCCUGCUGGUAUUGGUCGAACAGGCCGGGGAAUGGGUGGACUCUUCAGUGUUGGAGAAACCACUGCAAAGGUCUUAAAGGAUGAGAUAGAUGUGAAAUUCAAAGAUGUGGCUGGCUGUGAGGAAGCCAAAUUAGAGAUAAUGGAAUUUGUGAAUUUCUUGAAAAACCCAAAGCAGUAUCAAGACCUGGGAGCAAAAAUUCCAAAGGGUGCCAUUCUCACUGGUCCUCCAGGCACUGGGAAAACACUGCUAGCUAAAGCUACAGCCGGAGAAGCCAAUGUCCCUUUCAUCACAGUUAGUGGAUCUGAGUUUUUGGAGAUGUUUGUUGGUGUGGGUCCAGCUAGAGUCCGAGAUUUAUUUGCCCUCGCUCGGAAGAAUGCCCCCUGUAUUCUUUUCAUCGAUGAAAUAGACGCCGUGGGAAGGAAGAGAGGAAGAGGCAACUUUGGAGGGCAGAGUGAACAGGAAAAUACACUUAACCAACUGCUUGUGGAAAUGGAUGGAUUUAACACAACAACAAAUGUAGUCAUUUUGGCUGGCACCAAUAGGCCAGACAUCCUGGACCCAGCUCUAAUGAGGCCAGGGCGCUUUGACAGGCAAAUAUUUAUUGGACCACCAGACAUAAAAGGAAGAGCCUCUAUUUUCAAAGUUCACCUCAGACCACUGAAAUUGGACGGUUCCCUAGAAAAGGAGAAACUAGCAAGAAAACUUGCAUUUUUAACUCCAGGAUUUUCAGGAGCUGAUGUUGCUAAUGUGUGUAAUGAAGCGGCUUUGAUUGCUGCGAGGCACCUUUCUGACUCCAUAAAUCAGAAACAUUUUGAACAAGCAAUUGAACGAGUGAUUGGUGGUUUAGAGAAAAAAACCCAGAUUCUGCAGCCUGAGGAGAAAAAGACCGUGGCAUACCAUGAAGCAGGCCAUGCAGUUGCAGGCUGGUACCUGGAGCAUGCAGACCCACUUUUGAAGGUAUCCAUCAUCCCACGUGGCAAAGGAUUAGGUUAUGCUCAGUAUUUACCAAAAGAACAAUACCUAUAUACUAAAGAGCAGCUCAUGGAUAGGAUGUGUAUGACUUUAGGUGGACGAGUGUCAGAAGAAAUCUUCUUUGGGAGAAUUACAACUGGUGCUCAAGAUGAUUUGAGAAAAGUAACUCAGAGUGCUUAUGCCCAAAUUGUUCAGUUCGGUAUGAAUGAAAAGGUGGGACAGAUUUCCUUUGAUCUCCCACGUCAGGGAGACAUGGUAUUGGAGAAACCUUACAGUGAAGCCACCGCAAGACUGAUAGAUGAUGAAGUACGAAUACUUAUUAAUGAUGCUUAUAAAAGAACAGUAGCUCUCCUCACAGAAAAGAAAGCUGAUGUGGAAAAGGUUGCUCUUCUACUUUUAGAAAAAGAAGUAUUAGAUAAAAACGAUAUGGUUGAACUGUUGGGCCCCAGACCUUUUGUAGAAAAAUCUACUUAUGAGGAAUUUGUGGAAGGAACUGGCAGCUUGGACGAGGACACCUCACUCCCAGAGGGCCUGAAGGACUGGAACAAAGAACGUGAGAAGAAGAAAGAGGAGCCCAUGGAUGAGACAGUGGCCAAUCAGAUCAAAGGAGGAAUUCCAUUCUAA